AUGCCCAAUGUUAAACCGGAGUUGCGCGUAACUGGCCUAGACGACUCAAUUUCUGCGAACGACGUUACAGCUGCUGUUGCUCAGGCUGGAGGAUGCCCAACAGGGGCCGUAAGUGUGGGUGACGUUCGAUUGGAUCGGAGGGGGCUUGGCACGGCCUGGGUGCGCUGUCCAAUCGCCGCUGCCAAAAAAAUUAAUCAAGGUGGUAGAUUACAGGUAGGUUGGGUCUCUGCACAAGUGAAAGUGCUGCAGCAGAAACCCAUGACCUGUUAUCGAUGUUUGGAAAAGGGUCACGUCAGAGGGCAAUGCGAAUCAGCGGUGGAUCGUAGCGACCUGUGCUAUCGCUGUGGCAAGCCUGGACACAAGUCCACAGGCUGUCUUGCUGAGCCGCAUUGUGCUCUCUGUGAAGCGGCGAAAAAACCUGCGGCGCACAAAAUUGGAAGCAACAUUUGUACUGCACCUUCCAGUAAAAAAGGGAGAGUUGUUGUUGGCGAAGCUGAGGUCCGACAGCAGACGGCUCGCCCCGUAGACGGAGAAAUGGAAGUGGAGGAUACAAAUUCCAAGUAA